AUGGAUGAGAGGCGACUCAGUUCGCAAGCCGCACAGCAGGCAAGGCAACAGUUGAGGGUUCCCAAGAAGCUCAUAGUGUGCUGCGAUGGGACUUGGCUGGACCGAGACAACGGGUUUGGAAAGGGAGCUUCUAGCAGCAAUCCUUCCAAUAUCACCCGGAUCGCGCGAGCCAUGUUGCCAGAAGAUGAUGCAAAGCAUCACCAGAUUGUGUACUAUCAGGCCGGAGUGGGUACUGGACUUGGCCUCUACGAUCAACUUCUAGGAGGCGGAACAGGCCUGGGUCUGUCAGAAAAUAUUCGUGAAAGCUAUGCUUUUCUCGCCAGCAAUUACACCCCGGAAGACCUGCUCAGUCGCCCAGAUUCCAUCUUCUUGCUGGGAUUCUCACGCGGGGCGUUCACUGCCCGCAGUCUUGGAGGAUUCAUCGCYGCAGUAGGCAUCCUGACUAGCAAAGCCAUGCCAUUCUUCUACGAUUGCUUCUCGGAUUGGGAAAAUGCGGGGAAUGAUAACUAUACACCAAGAUUCAUCAACGUGUAUUGCGAGCAUAACCCAGAUGAGGAGCUUGAAGUGAAGAAGAAUCAGCCACCUGUGAAAAUGGCGCACAAGAGAGAAGAGCAUGGCAUCGACAAGUAUAUGACGAGCUACAAAAGACAUCUCCUCUCCCUCGGUUUGACGCAAGAAGUGCAGAUCAAGGCUAUUGGCGUUUUCGAUACCGUUGGUGCUCUUGGCAUACCGAUCAACCCUAUCUUUCAGCAAAUCGGGUUGCCCACUUUCAUACGAGAAUACAGGUGGUACGAUACAAGACUCUGCGAUGUUGUCGAGAAUGCUUUCCAGGCACUUGCGUUGGACGAGAAUCGAUCACCAUACAGCCCAGCCCUGUGGGAACUGGAUGACGAAAGCAACAAGACCAAUCUCAAACAAGUGUGGUUCCCAGGGGCACACAGCAAUGUCGGAGGUACCUACCCUGAUUACGGAAUAGCCAACAUUUCGUUGGCAUGGAUGAUGGACCAGAUGUCUGGGUUGUCACGAGACACUUCGAAGCAGUUUGAUUACCUAGACUGGAUUCAGUUCGACCAAAAAGCCAUCGAUACUUGCUUCAAAAACACGAGACGCUUUUACAAAACACUGUCCGAUGGGAACGAGUACGAAGGUUGGGGCAUGGGCAAAGUCUACAACUCCAACACUUUCCCUCAGUCUCUCAUCGGUUCCGCCGUACGUACGCCAGGAUUGUACCGCGAGACGGACUACGCAACCGGCAAAUAUCUUGGCGAGUAUCUCACAAGAACCAACGAAUACGUUCACGCUUCGGUUCGAGCUCGAAUCGAUCUUGCAGGACGGGAAGUCGAGCCAAAGAGCGUAAUGCAGACUUUCUUCCGCUGGUUAUGGCGUUCGAUGACAUUUCAGCCAAAGCAUAACCCUUAUCGUCCGCAUCGCCGGAGAAAGGGUCUCAAGGCUGCCGGGCCAAUGAACGGCUGGAAACUUGUAGAUGGCCAUGAAUCGCAUAGAGCACCGAGUCUUCAAAUAGACAUUUCUCCUGAUGGCCUCAAACAGGUGCAAUGGGAAUACGUGGGCAGUGCGCAGCCGACGACCAAGAUUAUGAAAGAGGAUGUUUUUGCUGCGAAUGGUUUCGAGCAGCAGCUGUUGAUGCACGAUCAAKGGAACGCCAAUCGGAUACUGUUCUCGAACAACAAGUGGCAGUGGUUCAAGCAUGGAGGAAGGAGCUCACCGAGUCACAACAAGACGUUCUAA